GUGCUUUCCCUUCCUUUUCCGCUUAGCUUUCAUGUCGGGCGCAUUGUAGCCGAUUGAAGGUUCAACAUGUUGAUGCCCAAGAAGAAUCGCGUGGCCAUCUAUGAAUAUCUGUUCAAGGAGGGUGUCCUUGUGGCAAAAAAGGAUUUUCACGCACCCAAGCACCCCGAACUUGAGGCCAUCCCAAACCUCCAAGUGAUCAAGGCGUUGCAGUCCCUCAAGUCACGUGGCUAUGUGAAGGAACAGUUUGCGUGGCGCCACUACUACUGGUACCUCACCAACGAGGGCAUUCAGUAUCUGCGAGACUUUCUGCACCUGCCACCAGAGAUUGUGCCUGCCACCUUGAAGAAGCAGUCUCGCCAGGAGGCACCUAGCCGUAGGCCCAAGAUGACACAAGACAUGCAGAGCAAGACGACAGAUGACCGCAGCGACUACAGGAGAGCACCAGGUCUGGACAAGAAGGGCGACGUAGGACCAGGAACAGAUACCAACUUUGAUUUCCGGGGAGGCUUCGGACGUGGCCGUGGAGCUCCUCAGUAAAACAGUUCCAACGCUCGUCUAGAGGCAUGUGAAUAAACUUGCUGCAGACAGAA